AGUCGAUGAAACAGAGCAUGUGUAAAAGCUGAUGAUCUAGACGAUGAAUUCAGUGCACUAAAGAGCCUAUAGUUUUAAUCUGGCAAAGAACAGGGACAAACUGUCCAUUGAAGUGACUGCCACAGGAAUGUCUGAAACAGAGGACAGGGCAUCGAGUAAGGACAGUGUUGAUGACGUAGUCAGGAUUCAGGCCCGUCCAUUUGCUGGAAGCUAUUCUAAGCAGGAGGAUAGCGAAUGUGAUAAGCGAGGGUGUUUUGACUAUUUGUCGUCUACCGUCAAAAUCACACCAACAACAUCAUAUCAUCUAGACUAUGAUAAAGCUUCUGAAAUUGAUUCCGAUGAAAAUUACAUUAAAUUGCCUCGGAAUGGUAAGGGCAGUGAAAGAGAAUCAACAUUUCAGGGAGUUCAGAUGGGGACGUUUUCUCGCCGAACGGUUCCUAUUGAUGACGAUGGCUUUGAAACUGAUAUCGACAGUGACUCUGAUUCCCGAGAUCUUCACCAGAGGCUGUACGCCAGGAGUGACCGAAGGCGUCAUCAAAACUAUUACAUACCAAUGACCCGCGAAUUUUGUGAUGAUUACGAAAACAUAAGUUCUUCACCUUUCUCUUUUGAAAAAGGUCAGAGGGCAUAUAAAGAAAGAUCGGGAUCUUCUCUACGGGAUGUUGAUGAACAGAUUAAUUUUCCUAAGCAUAGCAUUUUUUCCCCUUAUAUUGGCAGCACUAGAAGGAAAUAUGUAAAAAUUGAGAAAAAGAAAUAUCAGCAUGGAGGGUAUGGGAGUGAUCCCCCGUUUGGCCAGGGUUUGUACGAGCUUAAUAAGGUCGGGAGUUCUAUCGGGAAGCUCAUGUCUAGUACCAAACACAAAGUAGAGGGAAUGCCCGAGGGAAGGCCCAUCGCACAAAGCCUAGGUCUUGCUGCUGAGGAUGAAAAAAAGCAGAAAAAGAAGAAUAAAGAGAACAAAAUAGGUUCUAAAGAUAUUGAAGAAAAGACCUCACUUCAGAAAAACUCGUCUUUCGACAAAACACUUGAACAGCUCAGAAAAAAUGGAGAAGCUGGAAUUAGAAUCCAAAGACUAAUCGAUUCUAUAAAUAUUGAACAAACUUACCCUCAGCAAUAUCACAAAGAUCAGACGAAAACUACUGAAUAUGAGAACAUCAUUCAGAGAGUUGAUUAUCUGGACUGUUCUGGUCUGGAUUUUAGUAAUGCCGAAAAGCAGAUGAAAGAUUUUGAACCAUUUUCUGAAUUCCAUGUUGAGGAUUUUUUUAGCUGGAUGAUGGGCUGUGAUGAAGUCUUACAAAAAACGCAAUCUGCAAAAUGUCGAGCCAUUUUAUCCACUUUAUUUGCUGCAUAUACCAAAGCAGCAAUAAUUGAGUUCAAACCCAAAAUCAUUUCUUUGAUUACUGAUCGCUGCAUGGAUUACGCUAUUGAAAACAAAAACCACAUAUUAGUUUUAGAGCUAGUGAAGUCAUACAUGUUUAAUGUUGAUUUCAAUUUGCAAAAACGUUUUGAAGGGAAGAAGAUAAAUUCUGUUGUAAAGGACACUCUCUUGCAAGCAGCAAAAUACGUGAUUUUAAGAAAAUGCCCAAGGCUUCAACAAAAUUCAAUCAGUCUAUCUUUUUGUUAUGAAUGCAAGCUGGAAAGUAGGCUUGUGAUGAUGAUGUCAUACAAAGGAAUUAUAGAAAUGAAAGACGGAAUCCCCGAGAAAGCCAUGGGGGUUAAUCUGGUGCUGUAUAACUAUACACAACCAUCUGAUGAAGCAUAUACUGUCUUUAAUUCUACUGAGGCUUCUUCCGCGAUAAAAUUGCCUGUUAUUGCAGAAAGAGAAGCAAGAAAACUUUUUAUCAGGCAUUCCAACCUAACUCUGAUAUCAGCAUCUCCAUUUAAAUCAACAGGAUAUUCAAAAGGAAAGCAUAAGGUUGUCCGAAAACCCUGCAUAAGUCUAUUGUGUCUACAUAAAGGAUAUAUUCCGUUUGGAGAAAAAGAGUUUCCAAAACAAAUCAAUGGGUUUGAUGUAGAUGUGCAGGAGGGAUAUUGUUCUUUUGGAAGUGGAAGAUCGAUAGACUUUGGAGGACAUAUUCGUCGUGCAAGAGGAAUAAACACACCAGGAAAUGGAAGCAUUGGGGGUUUCGUUGAUUUGUCAAAUGACGCAGUUGGUUUAAUAACAUGUGCCCAUGUUGUAUUUUCAUCAGAUGAAUUGAAAAUAUCGAAUGCUUAUAUAGAUAAAUAUGUGCUUGACAAUGAUACUGAUUUAGAAGUAGAGGUAUUUGAUAAAAGUCAACAUAAAUUUCAAGUGUGUGGUAGUAUUGUGGAUAAAUGUUUUCCAUAUUUAUCCAAUGAAAAUUCAGUUGACGCCGCCUUGAUUCAACUUGACCCAACUGUAAACGAAUUCGAAUUUCCAGUAACUGAUCAACUUUAUUCAGCAGGUUUUGACCCGAAUAAACCACCAAGAUUUACUGGAGAAGUUGUAAAUGUACCAGACCCUGAUCCUAUUUACAAACUAAGCAGCAGAAUUCCAGGUAAAUCGGACAGUGUCGUAAAAUAUGGGAGUAAAACAAAAUUCACUAUUGGAAAUCUCUACAUCAAUGGAGUCCAUAUCCGCUUCGUGGACGAUACUGGAAACUUGCCAGACAAUACCAUUGCUGUUAUGUGCAACCAAAUUGAAAUUCAAAGCCUUCCACAUGGAACAUUUUUUGAACCCGGUGAUUCUGGAGCCUUUGUCUUCUGUAUCAAUCCUGAAAAGACGCUGAGCUGUCUUGGGAUGGCUAUUGGUUCUACCACCAAAGGGUCCUGUUUUGUUACUCCAAUGACCAGGAUUUUAGAUUCUUUUCGUCUCCCUCAUAUAUUAAAGCCAGGUCCUUUAUUGUCCUCUGAGAACAUAGCUAGAGCGUCGGAAAAUCCUUUAAGUGCUCAAAUAUCACAACAGAAUAAUGCUUCGUCUGAACUUUCUUUAGAAGCAAUACUGUUGCAAAUGCAAUUGUCAAUAACAGAUAUACAAAAUCGACAAACAAACUUUCAAUCUUCAUUAAAUAGUGUGCAAAAAGAUGUUGGAAAAUUGAGAAAGGAAGUUCAAGCAGAAGUUGGAAAUUUAAGAAGGCAAGUUGGGUAUUUAAAAUCUCAAGUUAAAGAAAUGAAAAGGGGAUUACAGACUAGGACAUCUGGUGCAUCGCUUGACAUCAAUCAGAAUUAAAAACUUUUUGAGCAUCUUGUAUUGAACCCUGUACAUAAUGUAUAGAAACAAGAGCCUUGAAAUAAUCAUCUGAUAAAUUGUGGAGCCUUAAACCUUUAUUUGAAGCAUCUUAUCGUGUGUAUGAAGAUCAAGCCUUGAAAAUCCAUAAUGUAUAAGGUCAUUAUGGCAAUAAUUUUGUUAUUACACUUUAAGAACCAAAGAUGCAUGAGGUGACAAAGUUUAAUGAUUAUCUUAAA